AUGGUCAAGGACACGGAACGUAAGCGAAAGCUGGAGCUGGAGCAAGCAGAUGUCACACCGAAGCGAUUGAAGCCGUCCAGCAGCGACUCGACUGGGAAAAAGGCGAAUGGCAGCAAGGCAAAGUCGACUCCACAAGCGGUUGAUGCCAGUCCGCAAGUGUUGGCCAAAAAGUCCAAGGAUGCAGCYCCUGGAGCACAACAAUCAGCGGUGGUAGCAAAGGAAGAGGGACAAUCCCGAAAAGAACGCAAGGAACAGAGAGAGGCGAAUCUCGACAAGUCGGCCACUCCCAAACACGAAAAGGCGAAGCCGGGUGCCGAAAAAUUCGUGAAGAAGAAGAAGAAGCCUACUACACCAAAGGAGCCAAAAGAAAAAAGCAUUCCUGCUCCCCAGGACGUCAAAGAGACAAAGUCAAAGGACGGCAGGGCGGAAAAGCAGUUACAGAAGAGGCCCUCCAAGGGCAGCAUCUUCGACGCAAGUGAGAAUGGGUCUGCACAGCCACCGCAGCGCACAAUUGAGAAAAAGGAAAGACGAAAGACGGAGCGGGAGAUGCGAGCUGGUUUGCGUCCGGAUGAGAGCAAGACGCUGCCGAAUGAACAUGGCUGGUGGCUCACUCCACCCGCCGCUGGCCGCUACCUUGAUCACGACCCCAUAUUCGUCCGCGAUGAGCAGAUGGAGGGAUGUUUAAUUGCUGCCUCGGUACGAGAGGUCCAGCUGCUCUCCCUCGAAAAUUCCUUGGUCGUCCGUUCUCACAUAGUUCCGGACGGACGUAGUGUUGCAUGUUACUCACUAAGUCCCAAUGCCCAGGAUUGCGUUGAUAUCGCUUACGACAACGGAACGAAAGUGCAAUGGAAUUGGGUAACUUCCGAGCUGGUCAAGGGCAAUCUCCCUAGCCAAGACACCAUUGUUGCAAUGACUAUCUCUUCAACGCCGUCUGCGGCGUGGGAUACAUUCUAUGUGACCCACUCUACCAGCGACCGCGAAUAUAGCAUUGUGGGGGAUGGCAAACGCCUCUACACCACGUCUCGGUGCCUCCGCAGCAUUCAAGUUCUGAACGGAGCAUCCUACAUUGUUUGCGUCUCGCCCAACGCUGUUGUUAUCGGCGCGYGCAAAUCUCAAAAAGCAAACUCGGACUACAUCUGGAUGGAAAUACCUGUUGCCGAGCCGAUAAACUGUGCAGAUGCUCGCCUGAUUCAGGGCAAGAAACAGGGCAAUCAACGUCCUGGCCUCGCUCUUGCUGUUGGUAAUGCAGAGGGACAGAUUCAUCUCUACUCCAACCUCACCGCACUUUUUGCGACUACCCCAGACGCAGCUCGUAUCCCGCCACCUCAGAUACUCCACUGGCAUCGCAACUCCGUUUCUGCCCUCAAGUUCUCCCACGAUGGCAACUAUCUUAUUUCGGGUGGCAAAGAGACUGUGCUCGUGCUGUGGCAGCUGGAAACUGGCAAGCAGCAGUUCCUGCCUCAUCUGACCUCAGAGAUAGAGCGAAUCGUUGUCUCUCCCAACGGAGCUCAGUAUGCUCUUCAAAUGGGCGACAACAGUCUGAUGGUGAUAAGCACUACAGAGCUCAAGCCCGUUGCAAACUUUGCAGGCCUACAGCUUCCUAUUCGUUUGGAGACUGCAGAUGACCAUAUCAUGCUUCCUCAAACAACUGCUAUAAUAGACCCUGCGAACCCCAACCACCUACUCCUGGCUGUACCUUCCUCUCAACCCAAGACUUCUGCAGACAUCGCCACGCGGCCGUUCCUCCAGACCUUCGACAUUCGCACCUCGCGACAUGUAUCAAGACAGGCUUUAGCGAGGAAUAACGUAACGGACUUCAGCCUCGGUCCGGAGCAAACAACCAUCACACCUCCCGACGUCAACCUUCUAGCCAUCAGCGCCGAUGGCAAAUGGAUGGCCAGCGUGGAUGAGUGGAUUCCUCCCGCUACUGAUCUCUCUCACACCGUAGGCCGUACUACCGGCGAAGGGAGAGAUGUGCAUGAUCUCCUCGAGGCAAAGCAACAGCAAGAACUCCGCAGAGAAGUGUAUCUGAAGUUCUGGCGCUGGGAUGCCCAUCAGGAGUUGUGGACUCUGUCUACACGCGCUGAUGCCCCUCAUGCCAGAUCUGCGGGUGCCGAUGCGGGAAGUGGAGCAGGUAGGGUCUUGGCUCUCAAGGCAGACUCGGCCAGUGGUUGUUUUGCGACCCUUGGUGAGGAUGGAGUAGUGAAGUUUUGGCGAAUGAGGACACGAAUGAGGCAGGGAGUUCCGAUCAAGGACGAGCAGGGCCAGGUGGUUGUUGAGUGGACCUGCAAACACUCCGUUCCGAUGCACAUCUCCGUGGAGAUUCCCGGGGGAAGAGCCGACUCUGCUUUGGAGUUCGAUGGGGAUGAGGAGGAGAAAGACGUAGAAGCUGACGCGAUGGACAUUGAGCAAGCGCAGGAUGUCGUGCCAUUCGUCCCCACUCGCUUGUGUGAGCAGGAUCAAUCGCCCUACGUCCUCGAUGCGUCCCUCUCUUUCUCGCCGGAUGGAUCGCUCCUUGCCGUUGGCACUGUGUCGGGCGCCGCUUCCGAGUCUAGUACUCUCAUACACUUCCUCUCCACAACGACAGGUGAGGUCUCGGCGACGAAAACCGGACUCUUGGCYCCCGAUGAGGAAUUGCUCGCCACGGCUUUCUUGGACAGAUAUUUCAUCGCCCUUUCCCAGCAUUCACUUCGUGUCUGGAAUCUUAUCGAUGACAGUCACCACUAUACACUUGCGCUGCCGUCCGGUGGGACAGAGGAAGAAGACGACGCAAUGCUUGCUGUUAAUGACUUCGAUGAGACGUUUGCUGUUGUGAGCAGCAGAGUUGACGAGGGCACCCACAGGUUGGAGAUGUAUUCCGUUACUCAGCCUCAGUGCCUGUUCGCAGCCGAGUUCGAGACAAAACCUGCGGCGAUCUUGGCUGCCAAGGGUACGAAGGGAUUUGUCGUCAUUUUCGAAGACGGCUCGAUAAGAAAGGUCGUAUCUAGCUCAACAGGCUCACGCAGCGCGAUUGCCGAGCUAGUUGGGAAAGAUGAGGACGAUGCUGCGUUUGCAGUGGCUGCGGUCCCUACGGUAAUUGAGACUGCAGUGUCACUGCUUCAAUCCUCUGAUGGGAAUGACGAAGAAGAGGACGUGUCGAGCGGCCUUUUGGGACUGGAACUGGGAGAUGAAGAGGACGAUCGACCUGUUGUAAGGCCAGAGCAGCUUGCGGGCAUCUUCGACACGGGUCUGCCGCCUGUGGGAGACAUGUUCCGCGCUGUUGUUGGACUUUACGGUCGGAAACCGAGAGCGAUAAAUGUUUAG